AGUUGAGUUAUUUAGUAUAAUAGUGCAGUAUGUUCACUUUAAUAUUUGAUUCACGUGUUUAACUCGUGUUAAAAUGAAAGCUGAGCCUGUAUAAACCAGACAAAGCGAGAGUGUGUUUUAAAAUGAGCGGGGACGUGGAGCGCAUGCUGAUCCAGUUUCAGGAUGAAGGUGGCGAGCCUCUUGGAUCUCCCUUCGAUGUCCCAUUGAACAUAACUCCUGAGAAGCUGCAGCUGGUCUGUAAUGCACUGCUCCAGAAGGAAGAGCCGGUGCCACUCCUGUUCUUCGUGCAAGAUGCUGAGGUGGUGUCGUCCCUUGGGGCUUGUGUGCAGACUCUGGGGGUGGAAACGGAGCAGGUGCUGCCAGUGGUGUACCAACCACAGGCCGUGUUCCGCGUGAGGGCUGUAGCUCGCUGCACCAGUUCGCUGGAGGGCCACACCGAGGCCGUCAUCUCAGUGGCCUUCAGUCCCACAGGAAAAUACUUGGCAAGUGGCUCUGGUGAUACGACUGUGAGAUUUUGGGAUCUGACCACAGAGACUCCUCAUCACACUGCCAAAGGACACAAACACUGGGUUCUGUCCAUCGCCUGGUCUCCAAACGGCAAGAAGUUAGCAUCAGGGUGUAAGAACAGUCAGGUUCUCCUCUGGGACCCAGCAACAGGACAGCAGAUAGGAAAGACUCUGACCGGACACACCAAAUGGAUCACUUGGCUGUGUUGGGAGCCGUUGCACCUGAACCCUGAGUGCCGGUACUUGGCUAGCUCAUCUAAAGAUGGCUCGGUUCGGAUAUGGGACACGGUACUGGGCCACUGCGAUAAGAUCCUGACGGGCCACACGCAGUCAGUGACCUGUGUUAAAUGGGGAGGGGAUGGCCUUUUGUACACUUCAUCCCAGGACAGGACUGUAAAAGUGUGGAGGGCCAAAGAUGGGGUUCAGUGUCGGACAUUGCAGGGUCAUGCUCACUGGGUGAACACGCUGGCCCUCAGCACCGACUACGUCCUCCGUACAGGAGCCUUCGAACCAGCUACUGCUACCAUCAACCCUCAGGAACUUACGGGCUCAUUGGAAGAAAUCAAAGACAGAGCAUUGCAGCGAUAUAACAAAGUCAGAGGUGAGGCUCCUGAGAGAUUGGUGUCAGGUUCUGAUGACUUCACGCUGUUCCUGUGGAAUCCAGCAGAGGAGAAGAAGCCUGUGGCUCGUAUGACUGGACACCAGGCUUUGGUCAAUGAGGUGCUCUUUUCCCCUGACACACGUCUGCUCGCAAGUGCUUCUUUCGACAAGUCUAUCAAGAUCUGGGAUGGCAGGACUGGCAAGUAUCUAACGUCUCUCCGGGGUCACGUGGCCGCUGUGUAUCAGGUGGCGUGGUCAGCAGAUAGCCGUCUGUUGGUGAGUGGGAGCAGUGACAGCACACUGAAGGUGUGGGACGUGAAGACAGGCAAACUGAGCGUGGAUCUGCCUGGACAUGCUGAUGAGGUUUUUGCUGUAGAUUGGAGUCCUGACGGUCAGCGAGUGGCUAGCGGUGGGAAAGACAAAUGUCUACGGAUAUGGAGGAGGUAGCUGAUGCAGGUUCCUGCCCCCACCACUGCACGGACAAUCAUUCAAACAGCCUACACCAUGGGAUAACACAGCUGUAUCAGCUUGAACCUUGACUUAAUUACCCAGUGCCCCAGUACUCUCAAAUCAGCCAAGAGGACAUGUACAGCACAUGCUGUAGCCUUCUAACUAUAAAACAGAAGCAUGAAGUAAUGGUGUCUCUUUACCAGCAUUGCUCAGUACGUGAAGUCCCCACAAUUGACCUGGGCUAAUUUCUGGAAUCCCCACAUACAGGGAGAGCACGUAUUCAGAGAUUCAAUAACUCCUGUAGAGAAUUUUAAAAUAAAAUUCAUUGGGCCAAGCUA